AUGAAACUUCGUGGCGUGUUUCGAGCGACCAAACUGCCAGCUGGACAGCAUACCAUUGGUACUAAGUGGUUAAUCAAGAUCAAGCGGAAAGCUGAUGGAUCCAUCGAGAAAUACAAGGCGCGUCUCGUGGCAAAAGGGUACAAGCGGAAAUAUGGCAUCGACUACACGGAGACGUUUUCGCCGGUAGUCAAGUACGUAGCGCUGCGCAUGGUGGUCGCAAUCACGAAGUACUUUGACUGGACACUGGACCAACUGGACGUGGUGACAUCUUUCCUACACGUAGAGAUGAAGGAAAAGGUAUUCUGCGCGAUUCCAGAAGGAGUCAAAGUUGAUGAAGACUUUGACUGCUUUGAACUGGUCAAGGCGAUCUACGGACUAAAACAAGCAUCGCGCGUAUGGAACGAGACUUUCCAUGAGUUCGUCUGCUCUAUUGGGUUUCAAGUAUCCGAUUUUGACCCGUGUCUUAAUCUCAAGAUUACAAGUGGCAAAUGCGUGCUUUUGCUGGUAUACGUCGAUGAUGUGUUGGUAACGGGCAGCUCGACCGAACUAUAG